AAACGACGUCACAGGGAGUCAGUCAAAGUUGAAAGGUCAGCGAGGUUGGAUAUCGUCACAUCAAGCUAGCAAGUGGAUAAGCUUGCCCAAAAAAAACAUAAAAAUGUCAACUACCGACGAAGAAGUAGAGAUGACUAUUCCGUGUGUGCUCAUCACGAGCUGUGACAGUGGUUUUAAAGAAGAAGAGCUGAUAAAACAGAUCCUCAGUACAACGAAUUUGCCGGAGCCGGACAAGAGAGAGGAACUAGUAGUCUGGUAUCCAUGGACCAUCAACAACAAAUAUUAUACAGCAGACGUCAGAUUAUGUGUUGUACCAAGCACGUUUCAAAUGACUUCAGAGAUUGCCCAAUCUAUGCAGGCUUUCAUCGCUUAUUUUGACAGUACAGAGAAGGAUGGUCUUGAGAAGCUUCAUCCUUGGAUAUCAGUGGUUGAGGAUCUUGCUCCAGAGGUUCUCAUUCUGGUGUGUGACAGAGUCAGUGAGAAUGGGGUCACCAGACAUGAAGCACAACAGUGGUGUUUGGCUCAUGCUUUUGAGCUGGUGGAGCUCAAUCCACAGGACUUGCCAGAUGAGGAUGAUGACUUCCCAGAAUCCACCGGAGUCAAGAGAAUCGUGCAAGCUCUUAAUGCCAAUGUGUGGACAAGUGUUGAAAUGAAGGAUGGGCACAACCAGGGCUUUGGUCUGAUGAGUAGUUUGGUGGCCUCAAGACACAACAACCCACGCAGCUGUCAAGAUCCACCAUCUUCCAGCCUGCCAGUAGAGGGCUCGCGUGUUACUGAGGAGGCUAACCAUACAGAGAGUACCACAAACACAGGCACACAGGGAGAUACUGUAGUGGAUGCUAUGACUGAUCUUGACAUUCAGGAACUUGCUAAUCUCACGGCUGGUGACGCAGAUGUGGAUAACUUUGAACGCCUCUUUACCAAGUUAAAAGAGAUGAAAGACAAAGCCUCUUCGUUGCCUCACGAGCAGAGAAAAGUUCAUGCAGAGAAGGUGGCAAAAGCAUUUUGGAUGGCCAUUGGAGGUGAUGACGAUGAGAUAGACGGGCUGUCAUCGGGAGAAGAAAGCUGAAAGUAGCUACCUGUGACUCAGUCUCUUUCCUCCUGAUCCUCCUCCUUUCCUGGGACUCCCACAAGAUCUAGCGCCCUUUGACUCACUUCUUACACUUGGAAAGUUGAAAUGCUUACAGAUGGUACUGUAGGUAAAGUCAUGUGUAGAACCUUAUUUUCUAAGUGAAAUGAUUGCAAUACUGGUGUAUAGUGAGACGCAGUUGAAUAUCUUGAUUAGGGAGAGAAGAAAGCCAAUGGAUGGCCCUGACCCUAAGCCAUCUCCCAUGGGUCCCUCUUAAACUUUAAGUGAACAUCAACAUGUAAUAGUGUUGGGGUCAAACUAAAUGAAAACACAGACUUUAAGUAUAUGUCCUUUAGGUACAGCUGUCACGUAUAUUUACAAGUGACAUAAUGUGCCUUAUCCCUAGAAGUGUGUGACACAUUUAAUGCACAUUCUGUUAAAUGAAUAUAAAAAUUUGUGAUUUAAAUUUUCUGAUCUCUACUGUAUAGUGUUAUUUGUUUUCAACAUGAAACAGUUGUGUUGCAUGAUGCCCAUCUCUUAUAAAGAAAACUGCUGACCAGGAGAAUAGGAACAAAAGUAUGCUGCUGUGGAGUUCCUCUGCAAUAAAUAAAAUGUUUGGUUUAGCUGCA